UGCCGCUUCUACAUGCCAUGCUAGGGGGUGCAGCCACCACUCCACUACCCCAACCCUGUGCUUUGACUCCAUCAAUGCAACAGAAUCACGCAACAGGAAAGCGGGUUCGGGGUACGAGGAAGAUAGCUCACAGCAAGGAAGCGGAGAAACCGGUUUCCCCAACAGCCAGGAUAUGUUUAUCACCCUGGACCUGGAACCAGUAAUCCCUGAACUCACCCAAGGCGUGCUCUCAGAUCCUGUGGGCGCACAAGGGACCUCUGCUGCAAAUGUUUCUCCUUCGCAGAGACUAGUGAAGAUUAGAAUGAGAAAACGGCGGACUCGGGAUGAUAUGUUCUCAGAGCUCCAGAUGUCCUCCCACGCUGACAGAGCACAGCAGAAUGUGUGGAGGCAGUCAAUAUCAGAGUGCAGAAAAGCACAAUAUGAACGAGAGGAGAGGUGGUGGGCUGAAUCGUGGGCUGAAGAGGACAGGUGGCGUCAGCUUGCUGACAGAAGGCAAGAGUCGAUGCUCCAGCUGUUGGAGCAUCAAACUGAUAUGCUCCAGCGUAUGGUUGAGCUGCAGGAAAGGCAGCAGGAGCAGAGACCGCCACUACAGCCCCUGUGUAACCAACAGCCCUCCUCCCCAAGUUCCAUAGCCUCCUCACCCAGAUGCCCAAGAACGCGGUGGGGGCACCUCCAGCCACCCAGCCACUCCACCCCAGAUGAUUGCCCAAGCAUCAGAAGGCUGGCCUUCAAUAAGAGUUAAAGUUUUAAAGUGCAGUGUGUCC